AUGUACGAUAAUCCGGGCAAUGCGACCGACCAGGAAAAGUUUCUGGACCAGUCGAUUCGUGUGGUUAAAGCCGAAUCGUUCGAGAUGAAACGAUGUCUCGACAAGGGCAAAACUAUGGACGCGUUAAAACAUGCGCUACAGAUGCUCAAUGAGAUGAGAACUUCAGAAUUAUCUCCAAAGUUCUACUAUCGUCUAUAUAUGGACACAAUGCACGAAUUGCAAUGCCUGGAAGUGAAUCUUAUACAAGAGUUUGCUCAAGAACCAUCCAAAUUGAGUAAUCUUUACGAGUGCGUUCAAUAUGCUUCCGCUAUCAUCCCAAGAUUGUACCUUCUUGUAACCAUUGGUGGCGUCUUUAUCAAAUGUGGCCUCGGAUCACGCAAAGAGAUUCUGAAAGAUCUUGUGGAAAUGUGUCGCGGUGUUCAACAUCCACUUCGUGGUCUUUUUCUGCGCAACUACUUGAUGCAGUGCACUCGAUCAGUUCUGCCGGAUUUCCCGGAAACAGAAGAAAUGCUUUUAUCUCACAACAGUACUCUUCCAAAAGGAACACCCCAGCUAAAACCAAGAGAUGGAACUGUUGAAGACACAAUCGAUUUUGUUCUGAUAAACUUUGGCGAGAUGAACAAACUGUGGGUUCGGAUGCAACAUCAAGGUCCGUCGAAAGAAAAAGAGAAACGUGAGAAGGACAGACUGGAGCUGAGAAUUCUCGUUGGGACGAACCUCGUUCGUCUUGCUCAGUUGGAAGCGCUCACUGAAGAAAUGUAUGUCAGAGAUGUUCUGCCUAGCAUUUUGGAGCAAAUUGUUUCUUGCCGAGACACUAUUUCUCAAGAAUAUUUGAUGGAGUGUGUUAUUCAAGUUUUUGCGGAUGACUUCCACCUGGCAACGCUGAACGAGUUUUUGAACGCUUGCGGACAACUGCAACAAGAGGUUAACAUCAAGAUACUUCUUAUCGCUCUUGUCGAUCGCCUUGCUCUCUACACAAAUUCGUCUAUCGAAGGACAGCCUGCCCCAACCAAAAUGCAGUUGUUCGAAAUAUUUAGCGAGCAAGCGACAAAUCUGAUUAAAAACCGGCCUGAUAUGCCUAUGGAUGAUAUCGUUGCUCUUCAUGUUUCCCUAGUUUCCCUUGCUGUGAAGUGUUACCCGGAUCGUCUGGAUUAUGCAAACAUGACUUUCCUCGGUUUGAGACAAGUGAUCGAAGAAAAGGGAAUCACAGACAUCGAAGCUUUCGGUAAAGUCGGAAGAGAGCUCACAAAGCUCCUGAACAUACCGAUAGAUGAGUAUAAAAAUGUAUUGCGUCUUUCUGAGCUCCCAGAAUACAUCAAAGUCAUGAACUAUUUUGAUUAUCGUGGCCAGUGCAAUAUCGCUGCGUAUAUGGUGCAAAAUAUGUUGGAACAAGAAACGAUUCUGCGCCAUCAGGAGGAUGUUGAUGCAGCUUUCUCGCUUAUAUCAGCAUUACUCAAAGAUCAAGAGAAACAACCGGAGAGCUCCCAUGAAACUGAAGAGUUCGCAGACGAACAGAAUUUGGUGGCGAGACUACUUCACCUGAUUAGAGCAGAUGACGUUGAUUCACAGUUUUUGCUUCUCAACAGUGCGCGGAAAGUUCUUGGAGAAGGUGGUCGUCAUCGCCUUCGUUACACACUUCCACCAAUCAUUUUCGAACUGUACCGUUUGGUAUUGCAAUUCGCUGAUAUGAAAGAUGAAGAUGAGAAGUGGGAUGUGAAGAUCAGAAAAAUGUUUGUUUGUGCCAUGGGAACGAUCGGUGCUCUUGUUUCCACAGCUGAACUGGCUGAAUUGCCUAUGAAACUGUAUCUUAAUGUGAGUAUUUUAGUUAUAAUUCAAUUUGUAGACCUAAAAAUUUUUCAGGGAGCUAUCACAGCAGACCGUGUUUUGUUCGAAGACAAUCAUACCGUUGUGUACGAGUUUGUUUCGAAAGCAUUGUCCAUUCUCGAAGACGAUGUUGUCGAUUCGCGAGAUCGUGUUAGAUGUCUUCAAUUGACAGUGGGAACUCUUCUGAAAACAACGCAUUUACCAGAAGAAAACUGGCAACCGCUGGCCAAUCAAACAGUUCUUGCUGCUGCGAAAAUGUUUAAAAAGCCAGACCAAGUGAGGUCUCUUGUCACAGUUGCUUCCCUUUAUUGGCAUGGGGAAACACUAGAAACCAAUGGCGAUAAGAUGAGGAACGGAAAGAAAGUGGUCGAUAUUCUAAGGAAAUCUGCAAAAAUUGCCAGAGAAUGUUUGGAGCCGUUAGUUCAACAACAAUUGUUCAUUCAACUUCUUUCGGCCUAUAUCUAUUAUUACGAAGAUAAAUGCGCUGAGGUAAUCGAAACAUUACAAUGGAUAAUUUAUUGUAUAUUUUGUUUUCAGAUCAACGUAGAUCACAUUGAAGAACUGAUCUCUCGAACCCAAGAUAAUGCUGUUCAACUGGACGUCUCUGCUGAAGCUGAUAAUCUAGAGAAGCAACUUGGAGAAACGAUUCACCGGUUGCAACUUGCUAAGAUUGAUGUGGCCGCUUCUCAAGUGGCCUCUCCACGGACAGAGCCCGAUCUUCCACAACCUCCGUCUGAAAAUGAAGGGCUCUAA